AUGGUGUACAAGAGCAUCAAGAGCACCACAAGAAAUGGACGUCGUGGCAUCCGUCGCUGGCUCACAAAAAGCCAAAUGCUCGUGAUUUUCGACUCCGCCGAGAUUGUGGACAGCAUCAUCGCCCGCAAGGAGACGGACGAUUUCCUUCGAUCUACGGAAGUCAGGGAGCACCCAGACUGCCCAGGCCUCGUGCAGUACCUGGUGCUUGUGGAGGAGGAAGUGACAGACGAGGAUGUGGAUGAGAUUACGGAUAUGUUCCGGAUGGAGGAUGCGGGUUCUUCCGAGGACGACGACUCAGACGACGAAAGCGACGACGACGACGACAAUGACAAGCCGACUCCGACGUCCAAAGGUGGCAAGGACCGGUAA